AUGCCCGGAUGGUUCAAGAAGGCAUGGUACGGGCUGGCAUCUCUGCUCAGCUUCUCCUCCUUCAUCCUCAUCAUCGUCGCUCUGGUGCUGCCCCACUGGCUGAGCGGGAAGAUCCUCUGUCAGACGGGAGUGGACCUGGUCAACGCCACGGACCCCGAGCUGGUCAAGUUCAUCGGGGACAUCUACUACGGGCUCUUCCGAGGGUGCAAGGUGCGGCAGUGCGGGCUCGGGGGCCGCGAGUCCCAGUUCACCAUCUUCCCCCAGUUGGUGAAGGAGCUCAACGCGGGCCUGCAUGUGAUGAUUCUGCUGCUCCUCUUCCUGGCCUUGCCCCUGGCUCUGGUCAGCAUGGGCUUCGCCAUCCUCAACAUGAUCCAGGUGCCCUACAAGGCGGUCAAUGGGCCCGGGGGCAUCUGCCUCUGGAACGUGCUGGCAGGUGGCGUCGUGGCCUUGGCCAUCACCAGCUUCAUGGCCGCCGUGAGGUUCCACGAGCUGACGGAGCGCAUCGCCAACUUCCAGGAGCGGCUGUUCCGCUUCGUGGUGGUGGAGGAGCGGUACGAGGAGUCCUUCUGGAUCUGCGUGGCCAGCGCCUCCGCCCACGCCGCCAACUUGGUGGUGGUGGCCAUCAGUCAGAUCCCCCUCCCAGAGAUUAAGACCAAAAUAGAAGAGGCCACGGUCACGGCCGAGGACAUCUUGUAUUGA